AUGGCUUCAAAGGUCUCAUGCUUAUACGUCUUGACAGUAGUUUGCUGGGCAAGUGCUCUCUGGUACUUAAGUAUAACUCGCCCUACUUCUUCCUACACUGGCCACAGACAGGUCAGUAGCAUAACCAUAGCCAGAAAAAAUGUUUCCUUUGGCAACAUAAGAACUCGACCCAUAAAUCCUCAUUCCUUUGAGUUUCUUAUCAAUGAACCCAACAAAUGUGAGAAGAGCAUCCCUUUCUUGGUCAUUCUUAUCAGCACAACUCACAAAGAGUUUGAUGCAAGGCAAGCCAUUCGAGAAACGUGGGGAGAUGAAAACAACUUUAAAGGAAUCAAAAUUGCUACACUAUUUCUUCUUGGGAAAAACACAGAUCCAGUGUUAAAUCAAAUGGUAGAGCAAGAAAGCCAAAUUUUUCAUGACAUUAUUGUGGAGGAUUUUAUUGACUCUUAUCAUAACCUCACUCUGAAAACAUUGAUGGGGAUGAGGUGGGUAGCAACAUUUUGUUCAAAAGCAAAGUACGUUAUGAAGACAGACAGUGAUAUUUUUGUAAAUAUGGAUAAUCUUAUUUAUAAGCUGCUCAAACCUAACACCAAGCCAAGGAGAAGGUACUUCACUGGUUACGUUAUAAAUGGAGGGCCAAUAAGAGAUGUUCGCAGUAAGUGGUAUAUGCCGAGAGAUUUGUAUCCCGACAGCAAUUACCCACCCUUCUGUUCAGGUACAGGCUACAUUUUUUCAGCUGAUGUAGCAGAACUGAUUUACAAAACCUCCCUUCAUACCAGACUUCUUCACCUUGAAGAUGUGUAUGUCGGACUCUGUCUUCGGAAGCUGGGCAUUCACCCUUUCCAAAACAGUGGCUUCAAUCACUGGAAAAUGGCCUACAGCUUGUGCAGGUACCGCAGGGUGAUCACAGUGCACCAGAUAACACCAGAAGAAAUGCACAGAAUUUGGAAUGACAUGUCCAGCAAGAAACAUCUUAGAUGCUAA